AUGGCAGCUGCCAAUGAUACCAAACUCAACUCAGCAGUGUUUUGUCUUACUGGGAUACCUGGACAUGAAGACAUCCAUCUCUGGAUCUCUAUCCCCAUCUCCCUUAUUUAUGCUAUUUCGAUAAUGGGAAAUGCAGUUAUUCUGUACAUUAUAAAAACAGAUCCAAGCCUCCAUGAGCCCAUGUACAUUUUCCUUUCCAUUCUGGCCAUCACAGACCUUGGUUUAUCAGUAGCCACCCUACCGACAAUAUUGCGAGUGUUUUUGUUUAACUCUAGGGAGAUCAGCCUCAAUGCCUGUUUUACCCAGCUGUUCUUCAUUCAUUCUCUUUCAUUCAUUGAAUCCUCUGUGCUCCUGUUGAUGGCCUUUGACCGCUUCAUCGCCAUCUGUAACCCACUGAGAUACUCUACCAUCCUAACCCUGCCUAGAAUAGCCAAGAUGGGGCUCGUGUUUGUGCUAAGAGGUGUGGCUGUUGUAUUGCCAGUCCCCUUUCUCCUGAAACGGUACCAAUACUGCCGAACUAAUGUCCUCUCCCAUUCCUACUGUAUGCACCAAGAGGUCAUGAAGAUGGCUUGUUCAGAUAUCAGAGUCAACAGCAUCUAUGGCUUAUUCAUAAUAGUCUCCACUGUGGGGUUGGACUCUCUGCUCAUCUUCCUGUCUUACGUGAUGAUCCUCAAAACAGUAUUGGGCAUUGCAUCUUACACGGAGAGCCUCAGGGCCCUGAACACAUGUGUCUCCCACCUCUGCGCCAUCCUGCUCUUCUACAUACCAAUGAUCGGCUUGUCUGUGACACACAGAUUCGCGGAGCACACCUCUCCCUUACUUCAGAUUCUCUUGGGAUAUAUCUACCUGCUGGUGCCUCCCGUAAUGAACCCAAUCAUGUACAGCGUGAAAAGCAAACACCUGCGUGCCAAGCUCAUCAAGCUCUUUGUCAAGUGA